CAUAGGUUGGACUUGAUGAUCUCAGAGGUCUUUUCCAACCUAACGGAUUCUGUGAAAUACGGGCUGGCAGGAUAUGUGAGGAGACUGGCAGAGAUGGGCACGCCUGGACCGACCGGCAGACCUCAGCAAGCGCGCAGCCCAGUGCCCCAUCAGCAGCUCCGGCCGCCGGAGCCCGGGCAGGAUGGCGGGAGGGCCUUGUCCCCGGGCGGGGCGGGGAGAGUGGAGCCCUCCGGGGGUGUGUGCGGGGGCCGGGCGGAGGCAGGAGCCGCGGAGGGCACUGCGGGCGGCGGCGGCGGCGCUGCCGGGGCGGCGUGGACGGGCCGGGCCGGCAGCGAUGUGGACAUCGCUCGGCGCCGUCUCGGAGCCGGCCGGCCCCAGGGCAGCCAGCGGCCGCUUCUGGGCUGCCAUCCUGGGAGCAGCAGCGGGGCUCUUCCUCCUCGGGUUCCUCAUCGCAAUUUUACACAGCUUCCUCACCUAGCAGGAACGAAGGAGAAUAUGCAUCUGGCACAGCAAGUCCAAGCUGAGUGGAAGACGUUUGGUUUGGAUUCUGUUCAGUUAGUUCAUUAUGAUGUCUUACUCUCUUAUCCUGAUGACACUAAGCCCAACUACAUCUCAAUAAUUGAUGAGCAUGGAAAUGAGAUUUUCAACACAUCAUUAUCUGAGCCUCCUCCUCCAGGAUAUGAAGCUGUUAGAGAUGUGGUGCCACCCUACAGUGCGUUUUCAGCCCAAGGAAUGCCUGAGGGUGAGUUAGUGUACGUGAAUUAUGGCCGCACCGAGGACUUCUUUAAGUUAGAACGUGUAAUGGGAAUUAACUGUACAGGAAAGAUUGUUAUUGCCAGAUAUGGGAAGAUCUUCAGAGGAAACAAGGUGAAGAAUGCUGAAUUGGCAGGUGCCAUGGGAAUUAUUCUGUACUCUGACCCGGCUGAUUACUGUGCCCCAGGAGUAGACCCCUAUCCAAAUGGCUGGAAUCUUCCAGGUGGAGGAGCCCAGCGUGGCAAUGUAUUAAACCUGAAUGGGGCAGGGGAUCCUCUGACACCAGGUUAUCCUGCAAAAGAAUACACCUACCGAUUAGACAAAAUCAGUUGUGUAGGUCUCCCAAAAAUUCCAGUUCAUCCUAUUGGCUAUUACGAUGCAGAGUCAUUACUGCGUAAUAUGGGAGGACAUGCACCACCUGAUAGUAGCUGGAAAGGAAAUUUGAAUGUAUCUUACAAUGUUGGUCCUGGUUUCACAACAAGUUAUUCUACAAGAAAGGUGAAAAUGCACAUUCAUAACAACAACGAAGUAAGAAGGAUUUACAAUGUGAUUGGUACUAUCAGAGGCACAGUGGAACCAGACAGAUAUGUCAUCCUGGGAGGCCACCGUGACUCAUGGGUAUUUGGUGGCAUUGAUCCUCAGAGUGGGGCAGCUGUGGUUCAUGAGAUUGUGAGGAGCUUUGGAAAACUGAAAAAGGAAGGAUGGAGACCAAGGAGAACAGUGAUAUUUGCAAGCUGGGAUGCAGAGGAAUUUGGCUUGUUAGGAUCAACAGAGUGGGCUGAGGAAAAUGCCAAAGUAUUGCAAGCACGAGGAGUGGCUUAUAUCAAUGCAGAUUCUUCAGUUGAAGGAAACUACACACUGCGAGUGGAUUGCACACCACUGAUGUACAGUCUGGUGUACAGUCUGACUAAAGAGAUACCAAGUCCUGAUGAGGGUUUUGAAGGAAAAUCUCUUUAUGAGAGCUGGUAUAAAAAAAAUCCAUCAAGAGAAUAUAAAGAGGUCCCCAGAAUAAAUAAACUGGGUUCUGGCAAUGACUUUGAAGUCUUUUUUCAACGUCUUGGCAUCGCUUCAGGCAGAGCACGUUACAGUAAAAAUUGGAACACAGAAAAAUAUAGCAGCUAUCCAGUUUACCACAGUGUCUAUGAAACCUAUGAAAUUGUGGAGCAGUUCUAUGAUCCCACUUUCAAAAAUCAUCUGACAGUAGCUCAGGUACGGGGAGGGCUGGUGUUUGAAUUGGCCAACUCUGUUGUGCUUCCUUUUGACUGCAGAGAUUAUGCAUCAGCUGUGAGCAACUACGCUCACAUCAUCUAUAAUUUGUCAAGGAAUCAUGAAGAUGAACUGGCAACAUACAACGUAUCCUUCGAUGCUCUCUUUUCAGCUGUGAAGAAUUUUACAGAAGUUGCUGCUAGCUUUCAUGAGAGACUGCAACAAACAGAUAUCAAUAACCUACUUGCUGUCAGAUCACUAAAUGAUCAGCUCAUGUUUCUGGAAAGGGCUUUUAUCGAUCCCCUUGGAUUACCUGGAAGGCCGUUUUAUAGACAUGUUAUCUUUGCUCCAAGCAGCCAUAACAAGUAUGCAGGAGAAUCUUUCCCAGGGAUCUAUGAUGCCAUGUUUGAUAUCGAAAACAAAGCUGAUCAACAUGAAGCCUGGGAAGAAGUGAAGAGGCAAAUUUCCAUUGCAGCCUUCACUGUACAGGCAGCAGCAGAAACACUGAAAGAAGUAGCUUAAAUAUCAACAGCAUAAUCAUCAGUGAAGACAAAAUACAGAAUUUUGCAAGAAGUUUUAAAAAUGGAUCAUUGAAAAACACUAGGAGGAUUAUUACAAAGAACACAAAAUAAAAAAAAUCUAGUUCUUUGCAAAUAAUAUACCCAAGUGAAAUACAUUUAGCAAUGUUAACAAGGUAACGUACUCCAUUCCGAGAGCUCAGGAUUUAGAUAUCUUCUGAAGUGAGAGUGAAAAAGUUUCAGGUUUUCUCUCAGCUUUGUAUUUUAAGAAUUGCUAACCACUGGAUUUAUUUUCAGAGCUUUGAAUUUUGCUAGCUUGAUUAUUAUAACAGUCUUCAUAGUGCAUCAGGAAAACAGAAUUAAUUUCAUGUUUCUAUCAGUUUAUAAUUUUGUUGUUGACUUUUUAUUAUUUACCUUGAGAUUGUAUCAUUCUACUCCAAGACAGACAUUUCAGCCCUCCUUUUACACAAAGACUCAUGUAUGAAAAUGGGAAAACUGUGACAUACCAUUUGCGGGAUGUAUAACGAUCAUAACAAGUUUUGGGCAGCCAGCCCAGAAUACUCAUCCAUGACAUUCUUCUUCUCACAUGCUGAACCUUGAAGCUGUUUGCAAAUAAAUUUAAGCAAGAAGCUUUCUAGUCACUGGAGUAAAAACAAGGCAGACAUAUAGUCAUCUUACAAAAUGUCUUUUGAGAAGACGACCUUCUUUUAUCCAAAAUCUACCUUUGCUAUGCCUUGUCCAUAUAAAGUUGUUUUUUAUAUGAAGACAAUUAGAAGCAAAAAAAAAUUCAUCAUGUCCUUAGUUUGAAAGGAUACAAAAUUAUUGCCAUUUUGUAAAGUCUCUAUUUCUGAUUUUGGUGUGCUACUUACUCUUAUGAUGGACUGCUUGAAAGAUCACAGUGAGGCAACUGAGAUCAGAUAGAGAAGACUCAGAAAAUCAAAUCCCUUCAUCCGACAUUCUGCCCUGGAGAAUUAUUAACCUCUUGCUCAGCUAAUAUUUUGUGUGAUAAAAACAUUCUACUCCCUAAAUAAUUUCUUGCUGUCAGUCUUCUAUGGAGUCUAGAUAUAGCCACUGGAGCUCCAUUCGUCAAAGGCUAUUCAAGGCAAAAAUAUUUGGUGUCAUAACUGCACAGCAAAUGCCAAAGCCUAUGUAGCUAAUUACUGAAGCUACCUGAUUUUUAGUCAGCUAUGCAAGCCAUAUGUCAAAAUAUAUGCAUGGUUGCAUAUGCAGCUGUCCUUUUCCUAUGUAUGUCACUAGGAUUAUGACUUCUAAGCAGAAAGCAUAAAAUGAAAGAGUAGUUACAUAUGCACUGAGAAAUGUAAUUUCACAUGACUCAGUUACUAGGAUAAUACAAAGAAGUAAGGGUCAUAUUUCACAUUUAUGAACAAAAUCAGACCAACUGACAUUUGUCGACAAAUAGAGACAUCUAGUUCCUGCCAGACAAGUGAAGAACAAUGGUUAAAUAAAUAAUAUGCAUUCAAAGCAGACAAGUGGAGAAUAAUGGUUAAAUAAUAAGUAAUAUGCAUUAAAAGCAGUGUUAAUAAGUUCUUGCAAACUUUUUAGCUGCACUUUGAUUCUUGGAGCUCAAAAAAACCAUCUGAACUAGCCAUAUGAGCAUGGAAGUGUAUGCUUUGAAGGAGUUUAGUAAGGACAGGCCAGAUACAGGAAUAGCUCCUUUUUAAGCCAAUGUAUUUUUUGUUAGAUCUGCCAAGAUAUCUCAGGGGCAUAGCUGUUACCUAACUCGAUCCCUGAGUGUGAGAUCAAUUAAAUUAAAGAAUCUGGAAGAAGUGAAGUGAAAAAGGAGCAGUGUUUUUUUUUAAGAAAGUAUUGCUAUCAUAUGAUCACAAAUUGGAUACUGUUCAGGUUUUCCAAAUAACUCCAUACAAUGAUCAUCCUGUGCACUAAGUAUGUAAAUCAAAUGAAAUUAAAACAUACUCAUGUGUGUAAAAGGGAGAAAUUAUACCUGUAUUAAAAUGAAUCCUUGCUUUCAUGAAACCAGCAAUGUCAAUGUUACUUUGGCUGGUAAGUCUGUUGAUCUCACUGAAUGAUUUCUGAAUUCCUCUAGACGAAAGAGUCAAAGUUUGCAAUCUGGACUUGUCAGCUGCCAGCAAUGUAAAUUUUAUUUUAGCUGGAAUCUGAUAAUGGACUCAUGAAGUUCAAGAUAACAAAGACUCUGACUCAAAGCAUCAACAUCUACUGCCAUUUUAAACUGAUAGGAAGACUGCAGAGGCCGUGAGAGAGUUCAGGGGUCUGUGCAACUGGCAGAGUCAGAAGGAAACUACUGAUUUGAAAUAGCAGUUGAGCAUUCCCCUGUUGCCAUUUUUCCUGCCAGGGCUGCCUUUCCCACAAACCAGGGCCCUUUGAAUUCUCAAGCCACAAGUUCAACCUUUAGUCAAACAAUAGGUCAGGCAACGCAAUCAAGUAGCACGUCUUUCUUGCUGCAAAUGUUAAGCUUUAGGGCACAGUUGCUGAGCAGCUACAACCUACAGUUUACAAGCCCUGGCAUUUUUCCUGUGUGUUCUGUGUUUUUAUGCAGUAUUACUGGCUUUAGUAAUUGGCUGCAUAGCAUAAUUAUGUAUUCAACACACACAUGCAUGGUAGUUUUGCAUCUGGCAUGUGUAUCCUUGCCAUUCUUUGAGCUUUUCUAUUUUACUAGGGAUUUAUAUAUUUUGACUAAGUAGAACACGUGUAGCUACCUGCAAGUUCUGAUAGCUUCAGCUGAACGUGAGGCUUGUUUUCACUCAGUGUGAGCAAAAAGUUAGGGAAGACUCCAUUGUAACUGCUGGGAUCAGUCGAUGUGCGAACCUAUUUUCUCUGCCUAUUGGGUAAGAACCACACUCUAUGUGCACUGAAUACUUUUAUUUGGGAUUAAGCCUUGUCUGUGUAUUGCUUUGAAUACAUUCUUGCACUCAGAUAAUAUCACCGUCAGUCUUCGAACCAUAACCUGUCACAAUUUUGUAUUAAUAAAGAGCGUAAUUCCGUAACCCAUCAGCGUGAGUCCUUCACGGGUGCUGGCAGCUGCCAGCAGUGGGUAACACACUUGAAUAAGGUGGGAAGACCUGCUGAGGAGUCUCCCUUAUGCUGUUGGUGUAUUUCCCUGAAUAAGUCAGUCAAACUGCCCUCCAAUCCAGCAGGACUGUUCAGUGAAGGGGCCCCAUGAUGGGAUGCUGACAGACUAGUUGAGCACAAGGGUCUCAGCUUUCCUGGGGAACUGACAGACGAAUAAAACACUGAGAGUCAAGGAAAACUCCCCACAGCAAGGGACAAGGAAAUCUCCCCUUUUCACAUGACAGUCAUAUAUGGCAACUCUGGCAUAGAGGAGUUGUGAGUGAAAGUUAAGUUAAAAAAAUGGAUGCAGUGGGGGAGAUGUUGUUUUAAUUUUUAUCUUUGUUUCUCACUAUCCAAGUCUAUUUUAAUUUGUAGUAAAUGAAAUUAUUUAUCCCUAAAUGGAAUCUGGUUUGCUUAUAAUGGUAAUUGACAAGCAAUGUCCUUGUCUUUAUUUCAACCCAUAACCUUUGUCAUCUUAUGUCCUGUCCCUGUCCUUUGUGGAGGGUAUGUGGUUGAAGACAGAUUUACACUGUAUGUUAUAUUGCAUUUAAUUGUAACAUAAUAUACUCCACCUGUGGCCAAUCCAUGGCAUGUAAGAACAUAUCACAACUAAUAACUAAUAUUAGGACUGUAUUUUAAGUGGUAGGAGCCACCUUGUUGCUGCUGUUAUUCAACCUCAGCAUUGCUAAUGCCCUUGUCACUUUAAAAAGAUGUAGGCAUAGAAAUAAAUACAUUUCAAACAUU